AGGUCCAGAAGCUUGGCCAUGAAAACGUUGGUCACCUCAAAAUGCCGUACAUAAUAAGGCGAUAAAGCACAUAAUUUUUCGAUCAAGCAUCGUCCAUUUUAGACGAAAUCUGACCACCUGACAAGAACUUAUGCGUCGACACAAAGAUCAGUUAGUUUACAAGAUGCUUGAUGGGAAUUCUGAAUUCUCCUCUCCAACCGAAGGGCCUUCUUUCCACAUUGAUAAUGAGGAGCUAGGUAUUCUACAGGCCCUCGCUUCAGGGAUCGUGACGAGUUUCCCUCUCAAGUUUGAAUGUGACUGACGACAACGUUCCACUGCAUUUGGCGUGUGGCUGCACAUAAUUUACUUUCGCGACUUGCCGGGGAGAGCUUUCUUUUCCAAAUCUCCUCAGUAAGUGAUUGCGAUAGCACUCGAAUGCAUGCAUGGAGGGAGGGACAUUGCAUAAUACCAACAAAACCCGCAACCACUCCACACAACAGCUAUUUGUCAAGAAAAAGGAACUCAUUUAUGUGGUUUUCAUAGUGCAUGAUGGAUUCAGACGACGUUUUUGAACAACCUCGAAAUCCUCGAGAAAAUGCCAACGUCUUAUCGAUAGCAUUUUUCUGGUGGUUGAACCCGUUGAUGUGGUUGGGGCAUAAGAAGAACCUGGAGAUCAAGGAUCUCUACAGAGCCCUGAAGAUCGACCAAUCCGCAGACUUAAGCUCGAGAAUAGAAAAGCAUUGGCAACGAGAAUUGGAUAAGCAAGUGCAAUCCAACAACAAACAUAAACCGUCCCUUCUGCGAGCUGUGAUCCGAACUUUUUAUGGAGAAUUUUGCUUUCUAGGCUUGUUCACGUUUUUUGAAGAAUGUGUAAUCAGAAUCGCUCAACCAAUAUUCUUGAGUUGGUUUGUGGCCUACUUUUCGCCAGGUCAGACCACUGUCUCAAGAAAUGAGGCCUACAUUUAUGGAUCUGGAGUGGUUCUCAUGUCGGCCUUAUACACCUUCACGCAUCAUCCAUAUUUUUUUGGCAUGAUGAAGGUUGGCAUGAGGGUUAGAAUCACGCUUUCAGCCCUUGUUUACCGAAAGGCCUUAAAACUGAGCUCGGCAGCCUUGGGUAAGAGUACCGUGGGCCAAAUGGUCAACCUCUUAGCCAAUGACGUCAAUCGGUUUGAUGGAGCUUGCCUGUUCAUCCAUUACCUCUGGGCCGGUCCAAUUCAAUUGCUCAUUGUGGUCUACUUGACUUGGAACGAGAUGGGCGCUUCGACCAUGGCUGGAGCAGGGAUUGUCCUAAUUUCUGUUCCGUUACAAAGUUGGAUUGGACGGAUGUUCUCCAAGUUGAGAUUGGAGACUGCCAAAAAAACGGAUACGCGGAUUCGAAUCAUGAGCGAAAUCAUUAAUGGUAUCAAAGUGAUCAAAAUGUAUGCGUGGGAGUUCUCGUUUACGAAACUCAUCGAGGCGGCCAGAGAAUCUGAAAUGGACGUGAUUCGGCGAACAGCUUAUUUCCGUGGAUUUAACUUUAGUUUCUUUUUCGUCGCAUCCAAGGUCAUCCUGUUGGCCAUCCUUAUUCCUUACGUCCUGACGGGUCAAAUCAUCAAUGCCGAAAAGGUGUUUCUCACCUUGUCUUUGUACAACACCGUUCGUUUAUCGAUGACGCUUUUUGUUCCCUUUGCCAUUUCAAUGGGGUCUGAAGCAUUGGUGUCCAUUGGAAGAAUUUAGAAAUUUUUGUUGAUGGAGGAACGGGACACCACAUGUAUGGCAUGUGUCCACGAAGAGUCCUCGUCAAAAACCAAGCCGAUUUCUUUGGAUAUAUGUGGAUUAAGUGCCGCGUGGACCGAAACGGCUGCUGAUCCCACACUCGAUGACGUUUCAUUUUCAGUCAAAGCUGGGGAGAUAGUGGCCAUUGUUGGAUCCGUCGGGAGUGGAAAGACGUCCAUGCUUCAAGCGGUCCUCGGGGAAAUUCCCAGCAAUCAAGGAAAGAUCAACAUUCGAGGUCGGGUGAGCUAUGCUGCUCAGGAGCCUUGGGUAUUUGCGGGUUCAGUCCGACACAAUAUUCUCUUUGGAGAGAACUACGACGAAAAGCGUUACAUGAAAACUCUGGAAGUAUGUGCCCUUGAGCAUGAUCUGGAACAAUGGGAGUUUGGAGACAAGACUUUGGUGGGUGAGCGUGGGGUGGCCUUGUCGGGUGGACAAAAGGCCAGGGUCAGCUUGGCUCGAGCCAUUUAUCGUGACGCUGACAUCUAUCUCUUGGAUGACCCAUUGUCAGCUGUGGACGCCCAUGUGGGCAAAUUUCUUUUUGAGAAUUGCAUCCAAUCUCACCUGAAGUCCAAGCUGGUGAUCCUGGUCACACAUCAGAUUCAGUUUUUGAAAGAUGCCGACCUGAUUCUUGUGCUUAAAAAAGGCGCCAUUCAGGGUCGCGGCACAUACAAUGAACUGGAAUCGUCCGGCACUGAUUUCACCGAGUUCCUCUCGGAGUCCAAAGAAGAGGAAGAACAAGAGGAAGAGGAGGAGGAAGAGAACUCGCCGUUGAUUGAUGGUGAAAUUCUUAGCCCAAAAGAGCACAGGAACUUGUCCAUUCGAUCCCAUCUUCAACGAAGAAGUCGCGGGUACUCAUUAGGAGGCGAUUCCAUUAUGUCAAUGAUCUCAGGCGUCAGUGAAGACUUGAUGGAAUAUGACCAAGAUAUGAAUGGUGACAAUGAUCGGGAAGAAACAAAGAAGCCAAAGGUUGAAGCUGAAUCCGUUGUUUUGGGUGCGGUGUCAUUGGUAACCUAUUGGUCGUACUUUCGUGCUGGAGCGAGUGUUUUCAUCUUAAUUUGUGUUUUGAGUCUGAAUAUUGGCGUCGAAGUUUUAUUUACCGCCACUGACGUUUGGCUUGGCAAAUGGGCCAAUCAAGAGGAGCAACAGAUGGAGCAUUCUGUCUUGUCGUCAAAUAAUUCCAUGAAUUCUACAGACGUGUUUACUUAUGAAGAGAUCAGCCAAUCCAACCAAACCAACCUCUACAUUUUUGGGGCCAUGACCUUGUCCUUGGUUGUGGCAUCGCUGAUUCGCACAAUCCAUUUCUUACUUGUGUGCAAGAACUCGUCCACCCAACUUCACCAUUCAAUGUUCAAGCGGAUUAUCAGAGCACCAUCCAGAUUCUUUGAUGUUAAUCCCGUUGGAAGAGUUCUUAACAGAUUUUCCAAGGAUAUGGGAUCCAUUGAUGAAUUGUUACCCCCUGUUUUCAUAGACGUCAUAACGAUCUUUUUGACCAUCGCCGGAAUUGUUGCCGUUGUUGUUUGGUAUCAGCCAAUAGUGUUCCUUCCAACUUGCAUCAUGGCCAUACUUUUCACAUUCCUCCGUAAAUUCUAUCUUUCCUCUUCUCGAGCCAUCAAGAGAGCGGAGGGUGUGGCCAAAUCUCCCAUUUUUUCGCAACUCUCCUCCACUUUGGGCGGAUUAACCUCCAUUCGGGCCUAUAGAGCCGAGCAUAUUUUAGUAAAAGAGUUUGACCGCAUCCAAGAUAUCCACACCUCAGCUUGGUAUUCGUUUUUGGCAACAACACGUUGGUUUGGUCUGUGGCUGGAUUGGUUGGUGGUGGUGUACUUAGCUUGUUGCGUCUCCAGUUUUCUUUUCAUGAACGGAUCCUCUCAGAGUGGAGACGUGGGCGUGGUGCUAACUUCGUGUAUUAUGCUCACUGGUAUGCUUCAAUGGGGAAUGCGGCAAACAGCUGAGAUGGAGAAUCUCAUGACCUCAACAGAGCGGGUUCUGGAGUAUGGAAAGAUCCAAUCUGAGGCCGAACUCAAAACUGAGCACCCUCCCCCAGGUUAUUACGAGGAGUCCUGGCCUGCAACUGGAGUGGUCCAAUGUAUUGAUGUGUGUCUUCAGUAUGGAGAGGGCGAAAAGAUGGUUCUCAAAGGAGUGGAUUUUCAAACCAAGCCCCGAGAGAAGAUUGGGAUAGUGGGAAGGACGGGGGCGGGCAAAUCUUCCCUGAUUGGAGCUCUAUUCCGUUUGACCGAACCUACCGGACAAAUCAUUCUAGACGGAGUCAAUAUUCAGCAACUCGGGCUCCACGCUCUGAGGAAGAAAAUAUCAAUCAUUCCUCAAGACCCGUUGGUUUUCACGGGCUCCCUUCGAAAAAACCUGGAUCCUUUCGACGAGUAUGAGGACCACCAGAUUUGGCAAGCACUGGAACAGGUCCAUUUGAACCAAGCGGUUAAGCUCAUGUCCCAUGGGUUAGAAACGGAAAUGAGCGAAGGUGGCUCUAAUCUCUCCGCUGGUCAACGACAACUCAUCUGUUUGGCACGGGCCAUCUUGAGGCAUAACAAAAUCUUGGUCUUGGAUGAAGCCACAGCAAACGUUGAUCCCAGAACUGACAUGCUCAUUCAAGAGACAAUCCGUACUCGAUUUGCUGACUGCACCGUUCUCACAAUAGCACAUCGACUUCAUACUGUUAUGGACUCAGACAGGAUAUUGGUCAUGUCCGAUGGAAAAGUUGCGGAAUUCAAUACUCCUUAUGAGCUGCUUCAAGAUCAGCACAGCGUUUUGUCCGAACUUGUUGCUAACGUCAGCUUGGCAUCUCAAUUGAAGUUAAGGAGGAUUGCACGAGAAGCCUUUGUGCGGCAAAAGAACCAAGGUCUGGCAGAGCCUAAGAGCACCAAUAACCUGCAGAACGGUUCUUUGGUUAGCAAUUCCCGGAUUCAAAUAAUGAUCGAGGACGACGAGAAAACGAUCACUAAACUGUGAGGCUUAUGGCUAUUUCUAGAAUCAAAUCAGAUCAACUAAGACACAUGUUAGGAUUGAGAAAUUAUGACAGCUAUCCAAAACUGCACGGAACUGCUAAUAUUGCGCAAUAAAACAAAGAAAAAAUGACUCAAUGAAAAA